UUGUGUUGUUGAACUUUCUAGAUAAACAUGUGUAUUUGAUUCCCACGUUUUCUGGUGAUUUAUUCCUGUAAUUACCAAGAUAUUACAGUGGCGACGAGGUGGAGCAUUUUCGACUUAUUUCGGAUCAAGAGGACACUUGAAUCAUAAGCGAAAUGACGAAUAUCGGAAAGCUUGGUGAUUUUCAGGAGGGAAAGGAAUCUUUCGUAAAUUAUGCGGAGAGGAUGGAACAGUUUUUCGUCACGAACGAGGUAAAAGAUGAAAAAAAAGUGGCGGUGCUUUUAUCAGUGAUUGGACCCGCAACCUAUGGAAUUCUUAAGAACUUGUUACAGCCACAACUGCCGAAAAACACUUCGUUUGAGAACAUUGUUGGUGCUUUGAAAAACUACUAUAUGCCUAAACCGUUAGUCAUCUCUGAAAGAUUUAAAUUUAAUAAAAGAAACCAGAAGGAAGGGGAAACGGUGAAUGAGUACGUAUGUGAACUGAAAAAACUUUCGGCAGACUGUGAAUUUGGUGACUUUCUUAAGGAGGCUCUGAGGGAUCGGUUGGUUUGCGGACUCAAAUCAGAGGCCAUACAGAAGAAGUUGUUGUCCGAAGCGAAGUUAGAUUUCGAUGGAGCAGUCAGAAUAGCCACAGCAAUGGAAAUUGCCGAUAAGGAUACUCAAUCAUUCGCAGGAAAUACAGAGUCGGUUCACUUCAUGAAUUCGAAACCUGGACAGAGAGGAAAACCGACAUCAGCAGGACCUAAGAAGCCAGGAUAUCGCGGUGGAGAGAAGCACUAUUUGGAUGCUGGUAAACACAGAAACUCUAUUAAAUGCUACAAAUGUGGGAAACCUGGACACAUAGCUAAACAUUGUAAAGUCCAGGGAAAAGUUUAUUUGAAACAAGAUAAGACUACCCAUUAUGUACAGGACAGUAAUGAGGAGGAGGAUUUGUCAAUUUAUUCCGUACACAGCACAAGCGAGGUCGACAAAGACAAGAGCUACUCAAUUGGACUAAGUAUCAACGGGUCAAUAGUGCAAUUUCAGUUAGAUACAGGGAGUGCUCGUACAAUCAUGAAUGAACACACUUAUCAGAAAAUGCUUACCGGCUGUAAGCUAAAGAAAUCGACAAUCGUGCUAAGAUCGUACACGAAGGAGAUCAUUCCCAUUCUUGGUGAAUGUAGUGUGACUGUUGUAUAUGGAGAGCAGCAUCUGACGAAUAUGUCUGUGCUAGUCAUAAAAGGGAGUCAGCCGUGCUUGCUGGGAAGAGACUGGUUAUCAAAAAUUCAGAUUGACUGGAAGGAAAUUUUCAUGGUGACGAAGGACAGAAUUGAACACUUGACAAAGGAGUAUGCUGAUCUGUUUGAGGAGAACCAAAAUCCAAUCAAGCAUUUCAAAGCAAGCAUAAAACUGAAGGAGGAAUGUUCACCAAUAUUUUGCAAGGCAAGACCUGUGCCUUAUGCUUUAAGAGACAAAGUUGAAGGAGAGCUCAAGAAACUACAGGAGAAAGGAGUUAUCUAUCCAGUCAAACACAGUGAAUGGGCUGCCCCCAUUGUCGUUGUGCCAAAGGCGGACAAGUCCGUGCGUUUAUGUGGAGAUUACAAAGUGACUGUCAACCGAGUGAUCAGUGAAGAGCAGUACCCUCUACCAAACACUGAUGACAUGUUUGCGUCCCUUGCAGGAGGUCAGAAGUUCACAAAACUGGACUUAAGACAGGCAUACUCACAGGUGGAGCUGGAGAGUGACUCAGAGGAGUACCUUACAAUAAACACGCAUCAUGGACUAUUUCGCUACCGAAGACUUGCGUAUGGAGUAAGCUCCGCUAGCGCCAUAUUUCAGGCAAUUAUGGACAAGAUCCUGUCAGGACUACCACAAGUAGUGUGUCGAAUUGAUGACAUUUUGAUCACAGCCCCCGAUGAUGAAACCCAUUUUAAGACUGUUAAGGAAGUAUUUCAUCGCUUGCGCCAGUACAACAUGACACUGCGGCAGGACAAGUGCAUCUUCAUGGCGGAUCAGGUCGUGUACAUGGGAUUCAUGGUGGACAAACACGGGAUACAUCCCACAGAUGAGAAGAUUGCUGCAAUUCGUGAUGCUCCUAGACCAACAAAUGUGAAAGAACUAAAGGCUUACCUGGGUUUGCUGAAUUACUAUGGUUCAUUUCUGCAGAAUCUAAGUACUGUAUUGCAUCCUUUACAUCACCUGUUGAAAAAGGGAGAGCAGUGGACGUGGACAGAUGAAUGUGAAAGCAGCUUUGAAGCAAGCAAGCAGAUGAUUACAAAGGGCAAGUUACUGGUAUUCUACGACAUGAAAAAACCCCUGCGGUUAGCUUGCGACUCGUCAGCAUAUGGAGUGGGAGCUGUAGUCUCGCAUUUGAUGGAGGAUGGUUCAGAGAGGCCAAUCGCCUUUGCUUCUCGUACUUUAAGUUCCAGCGAGAGGAACUAUGCUCAAGUGGAGAAAGAAGCGUUGUCAUUGAUCUUUGGUGUGAAGAAAUUCCACAAGUAUCUGUACGGCAGAACUUUUACCCUCAUCACAGACCACAAACCGUUGGUAACUAUCUUUGGACCCAAAAAUGGUAUACCUACCUUAGCCGCAGCCAGGAUGCAGAGAUGGGCACUAAUUCUCUCAGGAUAUCAAUAUCAGAUUGUAUAUCGUCCAUCUCAGGAACAUGGAAAUUGUGAUUCACUAUCCAGAUUGCCAGUAGAGGGGAAUCUCGGUUCAGAAGAAUAUGAGGAUGUCUACUGCACAGGGCUGGACAACACAGAGCUACCCAUAUGUAACACAGACAUUGCUCGUGCAACAAAGGUGGAUCCUCUUUUAGCCCGGGUAUUUGAACUUGCCUUGAACGGCUGGCCAAGUCAGGUUAACGAUCCAGAACUUCAACCUUUCUUUGAGCGCAGGAGCAGUUUGAGUAUAGAACAAGGGAUUAUCCUUUGGGGAAUCCGAGUGGUAAUUCCUAUGGCACUGCGUAAACGAAUCAUGGAGGAGCUUCAUGAAGAGCACCUUGGUAUGUGCAGGAUGAAGGCUCUUGCACGAGGAUAUGUAUGGUGGCCAAACUUGGACAGAAACAUUGAGGAGACAGUGCAGGCAUGUCCGUCAUGUAUGUCCGUCAGGAACAGUCCCCAGUCUGCCUCAUUACACCCAUGGAUUUGGGCAACCAGACCAUUUCAACGCAUCCAUAUUGAUUAUGCAGAGUAUAAGGGACAAUCUCUACUUAUUGUCAAUGACAGUUAUUCAAAGUGGUUGGAAGUCAUUCCAGUGAGAUCAACCACCAGUGCUAACACGAUUGACAAACUUCGGAUGCUGUUUGCGUCAACCGGAUUACCAGAGGAGAUAGUGAGUGACAAUGGACCACAGUUCACGUCCCAUGAAUUUCGUGACUUUACACGUCAAAAUGGUAUAAAACAUACCCUCGUUCCACCGUACCACCCGCAAUCCAAUGGAUUUGCUGAGCGAGGAGUACAGAUAGUGAAGAAGGCCCUGAAAAGCAAAGAUGUUGAGGGACGGCAACAAUCGCUAGAGCAUCGAUUAGCGAACUUCCUAUUAAAGUAUAGAGUUACUCCCCACACAACUACUGGUGUGUCACCCUCUGAGCUAUUUCUGAAGAGGCAACUUAGAACGCGUCUCACACUGGUGAAGCCUGACAUCGGGAAGAGUGUUGAGAAAAGUCAGCAGCGGAUGAAAGACUUUCAUGAUCGAGGUAAGGUGAAGGUCAGACAGUUUGAAGAAGGAGACCAAGUGCAAGUGAAGACUACAAUUCAGCCUGGGAAAUGGAAGUGGCUACCUGGAACAGUAAACAAAGUUUGUGGUCCACUUACUUACCUAGUCCAAGUCGGAAAUCGCAAAAGAUUUUGUCACCUUGACCACUUGCUAGCGUGCAAUGCUAAACUUCCACAAGUGUUGCCGCCCCUGAGCGACUUUUCCUUGAAGGAGCCAACAAGACCUACCGUGGAUCUACCAGAGGAAGUGGAUCUCCCAAAUGCAGAACCUUCCAAGGAAGCAGGAAGUUCCCCACCAUCUAGUCAAACGUCGAAGACGCCAUCUACCACCAGUCGAGUGAUGUCAUCCAGGGCGGCGAACCAGUCAAUGAACAUACCCUCACCACGGCCCGUGCGUGAACGCAAACCCGUCCGUAGGCUCAUUGAGGAAAUCUGACUUACUUUGUGACAUUUGGACGUUUCUUAUGUUGAAAGUUUUGUUUGUUAAUCUUCGUGUUUAAGGUUAAAUCAAAUCUGUUAUUUUGGUGUACUUUAAUCAUUUGUUUAAAUUCAAGAAAGAAUUUAAGAUUUUAAAAGGGAGGAGUGUAGUGUUUGCGAAUUUACCUCGGGAUCGAGAUUGCAAUAAUUGUGUUGUUGAACUUUCUAGAUAAACAUGUGUAUUUGA